AUGUCCGUGCUUCGCUGCCUUGGCGUCCCGUGGCAGCGGUCUCUUCUUCGCCUCAUGACAAAUAGGUUUUGGAAAGAGUUGCGCCUUUAUGAAACUCAUCAGGAAGAGGUGUCCAAACCUAUUGGCCGUUACCCCAUUCCCUACAAGAAAGACCUACCUUUUGACAUUGUAGAGCUUAUGGAGGAGAUGGAAAAGAAGACAGGAUUUUUACCAAAUAUAUUUAAAGUGUUGUCUUACCGGCCAUUGGAAUUCAGAGCCUUCUUUGCUUAUUACAAUGCCAUCUACAACAAAGAAACAGGCCACCUCAGCAGAGCUGACAAGGAGCUCAUCAUUUUGGUGACUAGCAUAGCCAACAGGUGCCCAUACAAUGUGGUUGCCCACAGUGCCCUACACAGGGUCUACUCGAGGAACCCAGUGCUUUCUGACCAGGUCUGUGUGGAUUGGAGAAAGUCUGACCUCCCUGCUCGGGAAAAGGCAAUGCUGGAGUUUGCACUUGCUAUUUCCCAAGCUGAUGACAUAACAGAUGACCAUUUCAAAAAGCUCGAGGUGCAUGGCUUUGACCGAGAGGAUGCCUGGGACAUAGCUGCCAUUUCAGCUUUUUUUGCCAUGUCCAACCGCCUUGCUCAUUUUGUCAAUCUUGUUCCCAACAAAGAAUUCUAUUUGAUAGGCAGAGCCAGUAAUGUCAAAGACUCCAGGAGUGAACCUGCUGCCCCCAAAGUAUAAAAGUCUGAAAGGAAAGGCCAGCGUUUAUCAUUUUAGUCAUGUUGCAUUAUAAGACAUCAGUUUGGUAAAGUAAUUUUUUUUAAACAUCAAGUCAAUGGAUAGGGAAGAAAGUAAAUAAAUUUACUCCCUGCGUGCUUGAUGAGAUACAUCCUA